AUGCAGCCUGUUAUUACCAAUCCUACCGCAGCUACGACGAGUCCAUUUGCUGCACUGAAAAAUCUACAGGUUACCGUAGGAAACGUCCCUACCUGGAACAACCCUGUCAGUUUUGGUUAUGAUUUAUUCUUGCAAGAAAUGUCGAAGUCAGGCGUCGAUGGUGGUCUUGAUGAUGUUACCUCGGCUGGUUUGCUUUCUCAGCAUCAAUGGGAAUCGCUUUACCGACUUGUUGCUGUUGAUAUUGGUCGCCGCCUUCCAAGUGAAGAUGGUGCCAGUAAGAGUACCAUUGUGUCUG